AUGGUGUUAUUACUUUUUCCAAUUGUGUUCAUACUAUUUCUAAGUGUGUACGUUUUAUUAAAAAGUGUUAAAUUAAUAAAAAAAGAUAAAAAUGAUGAAAGUGUCCCGAAAGGAUCAAAGGAUAUCCCAGGACCUCUGCACCUGCCUUUGUUCGGAACGAAAUGGAUUUAUUUGUGGAAAUACGAUUUGUCUAAAAUGCACGAAGCUUACGAAGAUAUGCACCAGAAAUUCGGUCCCAUAAUCCUCGAUUCCCGAGCCCCUCCGGUACCAGUGGUGUCCCUAACUGGGUCCCACCCCCGCGACUUGCUAAGGGUGCUCCGGUACCCGUCACGAUUUCCCACUAGGCCUCCGACGGAAAUAGUCGCCAAAUACAGGAGAAGUAGGCCUGACAGAUAUGCCAGUUCGGGGAUAGUUAACGAGCAGGGUCCCUCCUGGCACAAAUUAAGGACGAGCCUGACGCCAGAGUUGACGAGCCCCAGGACGAUUUCGGGGUUCCUUCCGACUCUCAACGAUAUUUGUCGAGACUUUGUCAGCCUUUUGAGGCUGGUACGGAACCCUGACACCGGAGUCGUGGAAGGAUUUGAGACUUAUGCAGAUAGACUAGGAUUAGAAGCUUCCUGCGCCCUGAUGCUAGGUCGCCGAAUGGGUUUCCUAGAAACAAAAUUGUCCCUACAAGCCGAACUCUUAUCAAAAUCAGUCCGAGAUGCUUUCGUGGCCCAAAGAGACUCCUAUUUUGGUGCCAGAGGUGGUAAAGUAGGCUUCCUCAGAAAAUGUUUGUUUGGAACCGGCGAAGCAAACCAAAGAGACGCCUAUCAGAGACUCCAACGAAGCGAAGAGAUCAUUUACAAUAUAGUUUCCCAAAUGGUAGACGAAGCCUUGGAUUUAAGGACCAAACCAAACGACAGCUACAAACCGAGAGCAACUAAUGCAGUCUUCGAAUCAAUACUUGCAAACCAGGAUUUAGAUCUUCGAGAUAAAAAAUCUGCUAUCAUAGAUUUUAUAUCAGCAGGGAUCGAAACAUUAGCGAAUACCUUAACCUUUGUCCUGUAUAACUUAUCGAGACACAAAACCUGCCAAAUUAAAGUCUUGGAAGAAAUUAACAAUAUAAAGAAUGACAGUUACACAAAAGCCUGCAUCACAGAAACAUAUAGGUUGACUCCAACAGCAUUUUGUUUAGCUCGUGUUUUAGAAACUGAUAUGAAUAUUUGUGGCUACACUUUACCCACAGGGACUGUUGUUCUUUGCCAAACAAUGUUGGCAUGUCGAGACGAAAAAAACUUCAUCAAUGCCAAAAAAUUUGUUCCAGAACGAUGGUUAGAUUUAUAUAACAAAUCUAUUGAAUCAGUAUUAUCAACCAAGUCUUUAUCAACAAACAGUGGUAUCGAAAACCAAAUCAAAGAACUUAUCGAUAAAAUAAAUAAAGUAAACACACACAUACCUGAUACAAAUCCUGAUUUACUCGAUAACGAUGGUUCUGAAUUGAGUGAAACUGGUUAUGGUACAGGCAAUGAUGAUACAUCUGACAUCAGCGAACCUGAAAAUGAUGACAUAAUAGAUACAUCAAUUGGAACUCAUUUAAAUGUGAUAAAUAAUACUCAAAACAAAAGUGAUAUUUUGCAAGAUGAUAGAAUAGGUUUAAAUGAACCAUUACCGAUUAAUGUUAGUGAAGACAGUACUGUAGAUGCACAAGAGGACAUUGAGAGAAGAAAGUUAGCUAGGAGUCUUGUAGUGCCUUUUGGUGUUGGCCGAAGGAUGUGUCCAGGAAAACGAUUUGUAGAUCAGGAAUUACUGACUGUAGUUGCUACGUUGGUCAGUUCCUUCGAGAUAGAAUUUGAAGAAGACCUCGAUAUGAAAUUUGAGUUUUUGUUAGGACCACAAGCACCCGUCAACAUUACAUUAAGAGAUAGACAAGAAUAA